AUGGAUUCUUCCUACCAUAUACAUGACGCAGGGCACCAGCCGUGCCCUGCAGUUGUGCAGAUGGUGCAGCUGCAGGUCCAGCAGCAGCAGGAGCAGCAGCAGCAGCAGCUGCUGCAGCAGCAGCCAUCAUCCACAGCACAGGCUCCCUUGCUGGGGCACCCAAGCGCUCGCGAUUACUUUGUGCACCCUCCACCUAUUGCUUUCGAGCAACAGCAGCAGCAGCAGCAGGGGGAUGCUUCAGCCUUCAAUGCGGCUAUUUCAUCCCUUUGUAGGCGCUUCUGCACGGGGCCUCGUGGUGCAGCAGCAGCAGCAACAACAGCAGCAACAGCAGCAGCAGCCGCUGCAGCAGCAGCACAGCAUCAGCUGAAGCAGAGUUCGCUGAGGCGUUUGCUGCUCUGUGGCUUGCUGCUGCUCUUUGUUUGCUUUUUGCUGCUGCAUGCAAUCCAGAAGCCCCAAACCAUUGCAGCCAGCCUCAGUGGCGCAGAAGCCGAUGAUAACAUCUGCCGAAAAGACUACCGAGACAAAACGCUAAAACUUUCUUUUGAAGCUCCUGCGUCUUCUCUCUUUGCUGAGGGGGCACUGAAGAAGUUUGAGGCUAGCGACGUGGAGAGAAACGGAAGCAGCGAAUCUGACUGGGAGGCCCUCUGGCUGGAUGAGGAAUCAGGGGUUUUUUAUAUCGUGCGGGAGGCGGUGACGCACAAUCCUGAACAAGAGGAAGCAGAGGCGCCCCCAGAGACAGAGGAGGAGCAGCAGCAGCUGCUGGAGCAGCAGCAGCAGCAGCAGCAGCAAGAGAGAAGCAGCACAAAGCCUUUUCAUGCGCAUGUAGAAGAGGUUACUGUCAAUGGGGGCUCGUACACCCUACAAAACACGUGCAAGACAGGGGCUUGUAGGUUUGCGCGAUGA